AGUCCUGAUUUAGGUGUUAGAGGAACUAGAUCUAGUUCUUUCUUCUCUGAGCUUCAGGAUUUCUUUCUCUCAGCAGAGAAAAAAUUACUUAAUACUUAAAAUACUUAAAAAAUACUUUAAAUACCUAAAAAUUAAUUUUACUUAUAUUGUUUUUAAUGGUACUUCACUUACUAGGGAUAGUUUUAGUUAACAUAACCUCGUUGUAGUUGAACUGUGUUGCCCAAAGUUACCAGAGGAACCUGGUUUCAUCUCUACUUGAAAUCCUGAAAGAAGGAAAUCUCAAGGAAAAUGAUGAAAAGAAGAGCAAAAGUGUAUGUAGCAGAUAUUCCUGUUAAGUUCAUGACAAAAAUGGAAAAAGUAAAGAAAAGACUACUUACAGCUGUCAGGAGUAAUCAGAUAGUACCACUAGGGGAACAAAUGGAGCCUUCUUCCAGGGCUGAAGUGAGCCCUCCCCUCAACCAUCCCAUACUUCAGACAUGCAACCAACAACAGUUGCCCACUGCAAUGCAUUUGCCUUGUCUUCAUCAGAACAUAUUGGGUGUCAAUGCCAAGAAGAACCCAAAACAACAGAAACACGUGAGCAAACCUGACAAUGAUUCAGAAUUGUUCUUAGGAAGUUACUUUGACACUAAACCCUGGCCACAAUCUCUGUCAAAAUCUAGACCAAUCUGGAAGACUCUUCAGACUUAUCAUCAAACAGUAGAGGACCAAGCUGAGAUCCCAUCUGCACACAAGGCUGCAAUUACACCUGAAAGCCCACAAGCCAACACCACGGCCGAAAUAACAAAAGCUAUGCUAUCAUUACCAGUCUUAGGACCACAGGAAAGUGGAAAAAUAGAGACUGCUACCAUUCUACCAUCAUUAAAGCCUGACCCUGUGGACACAGCAACAGAUGCUCCACAAUUUACACCACCAGACUUUGGACCACAGAAGAAUAAAAAAAAAACCAACCGUUUCCCAGAUUUGACACUGUGGGAUAAGUAUUCUUAUGCAAAAUUAAACUACCGUUGCCCUUAUUAGGUUCCAAGCAAAAGAUAUAAAGCCCCUUUCCUGCAUGGAGUUCAUUUCCUGAAUUCCUGCAUGGAAUUCAUUUUCAUUCAGUCCCAAUGACUGCCAGUGGGAUACCUGCACCCUACCUCCCUUUCUCGAGUUCUGAAUUACCCUCAACAUGCCCCCUCUUUUGGCCUGUCUUGAGGGAUUUUUCUUUAAAAAAAUUUUUUUAUAAUACAGCUAAUAAAAAAAUAAACUUUUUAGGGUAUAUAAGGAUUAUAAAUGAAACAUGGAAUCUCUACUGUAUAUAGCUUGCUUUUACUUUUAUUUAUAUAAGUAAUAAAAUCCAUUACUUUUAAAAGCAAUCCUAUUAUUUUGUAUUUAAGUUUAUAUACUUAGUGUUUAUAAUAUGUUUCUUAUUGUAUGUUUGUUCUGUAUUUAAAUCUAAAAUAAAUUAAAUUAAAUUAAAU